AGCACCGCCUGAGCGGAUGAAACCCGUGUGGGACUGGCGGGACGGGCACAGCGUCCCCCACACCGGCUUCUGCCCCGUCUCCCGCGUCCCGUUUUUCCUCUGGGUGGCGAGCAGAGGCGGGGGCAGCUAUGGCCCCUCAGUGCAGGCAGUCCCACGGGUAGCCCCGCGGGGCCCCCGCAGCACGGCGGUCGCCAUGGAGACGGCCGCCGCCGCCACCGCGUCCCGGCGAGGGCUAGGGCCGGCCACCGGCGGGUGGAAAGGGCUGCUCAGCCCGGUACCGCUGGAGUAAAUCCUGCCGCGGGGGUUAAGGGGAAGCGUGGCAGGGCGAGCGGGGACCGGCAGCGGCGGUGGAACGAGCCGAGGAGCGCUGAGAAUCGGCAGCGAGGAGCAAGAGAACAGAGACUAAAGAAAUGGAAAAACUCACUCACCUGGAAGCUCUGCACUUUACUGCUGUGCUGGAGAAUUGUGUUGAUCAGCUCUCAAUUCUUGGAUAUAUCAUGCCAGUUUCACAGGAGGGCAAGACAGACAUCAAUAAUAGUGGCAUCCAGGAAAUGAAGACAGACAUAGAGACCCAGAAGGAGCUGGACGCUAACUACCAAAAGCUUAUGUCAGCAAGGCAAGGGGAUGGGGAAACAGUUACCUCUGUGUCUCAGAAAAGCAUUGAACACAAGCAGCAGCUGGAGAAAACUGAAUAUCUAAGUACUCACCAUCUUUCCAGCAGGGCCAUGAAACACAGUGAUCCAUCUACAGAGACAUUCAGAAAAAUCCAGGCUGACAGGCAGUAUGCAAGUGAUGUAAUUACAGCCACUAUGAAAAAGAUGCAGGAAGCAGGAACAUUUAAUAGCCUAACAGAAGCUAAUGAGAGAGAGAAGGCAAAAAAGAGCAAGUUUCACAACUUUCUCAUCAGGGCAGAGGAAGGAAAGAGGGAGAUAAAGUCACUCGAGGAACAGCUGCAGGAUGUCAAGAAAGAAAUGGAAGUGGAACUUCAGAAUCGAGCCGAUGUGAUUGCCAACCUCAAAGAUGAGCUCCAAGAGAUGAAAGCCAAAAUGGACAGGGAGAGCAGCUACAUGAAGAGAAGCACAGACUUCCAGGUGGGCCAGACCCAGAAGAAAUGCAGCAAUGCAGAAAAUGUCCUGGACAAGGAAAUUCAGAAGCUGAAGAGCAAAACUGCUGAGGAGAUUCGAGUCCACGUGGAGACUGAAAAUUUCCUCAGGCAACAGCAUAAGAAGCUGGAAGAGAAGCUGGAAUACUGGAUGGACAAGUAUGAAAAUGACACAGAUGCUAAAGAUGAAGAGCUGGAUGCUCUAAAAGCAACAAAGGCAAACAACUUGGAAAGGCUGCAGAGACUUGCUGAGGAGUGCCAGAUGUUUGAGGAAACCAUCAUCAGUGACCGGGCAGAAAAGGAGGCUAAAAGAAAACAACUAGAGCAGGAUGCCCUGGAGCUGAAAAGCACCCUGAAGCUGCAGGCCUGGUGGAGAGGCACAAUGGUCCGUCGGUACCUCGGCCCCUACCAGGCGCUCAGGACGUUUCUGGAGAAACAACGAUCAGCACAACAGGAGAAAGAGGGAAAAGCUGGAGCAAAGAAAAGGACACGCUAAAUAAAGAACCCUGCCCACGGACGUGCUCCGGGGCUGUUGCUGGGCAG